UUGGGAAAUAAUUGGUCAGUAUUUAAUUAAAAUGUAUUUUAUGUUAGUUUGUUAGCUUUUGAAAUGUAAUUCUAAAUUUGAAGAUUAUGGUGAUCUUGUACAAUCUAAGUGUGGCGACACAUUUCCUGGCACAUCCGAAACGGCUCACAAUUAGCCAGCAUUCCGGCUAAGGGAGAUAGCCUACGGGGGUUUGUGAGUACGCGUCUUUUGCAGCAUCUGCGUCCAUGGGGGCUGGGUUGAGGGAGGCUUAAAAGCAAGGCUGUUUAGUUCGAAUAAAGUUAUUCGACUGCAGUUUACUGACUGCGUGAGCACACCGCUACAACGUGUUUUUAUCGCUAUUAAUAUACUUCACCACUGCCAAUACCUGACACCCGCCAGUGCGCGAUUUCUUUAAUUUUUCGAUCCAAGGUAAGCCAACUAUGGAGAAUUCUAAAAAAAGAAAAGUGACUGAAGAAAACAGAACGUUUAAUGAUACGUGGACAGAUUCAUUUGCUUUCACUGUUAAUGAGAAACUAGCAAACAACAAAAAGUCAAAUGUCGCAAGGCAUUUCCAGAAUAAACACGCAGCCUUUGCUCAAAAAUAUCCGGAUGGAGAUGAGAGAAAAAAAGCCGUUUCGGAACUGAUGCGGAAGGUUGAUCUGAGCAAAAAUCAUUUCCAGAAAUGGAUGAAGUCUGGAAAAUCAAUGACAUACGCCAGUUAUAUUGCCGCUCAGGAAAUAGUCAGGCACGGGAAGCAGUUUACAGAUGGUGAAUAUAUAAAAGAAUCUUUCAUUAAGAUUUCAGAACAUCUAUUCACGGACUUUAAAAACAAGAGUGAAAUUGUGCAGAAAAUCAGGGAUAUGCCCCUCUCUGCAAAGACUGUCAAAGACAGAACCAUAAAAAUGGCAGAAGACUUCACAAGACAGCAAAUUAAAGACAUCAAUUCAGCUGUGGCCUACUCGAUUGCCUGUGACGAGUCUAAAGACACAGGUGAUAUUGAACAAAUAGCGUUGUUCUGCCGGUAUGUAAACUCUGCCGGGCCACAGGAAGAACUGAUUGAGUUGAUACCUCUAAAAGACCAAACACGGGGGGAGGACAUCUGUGAGGCUGUCUUGAAUUGUUUAAGAGCCAAAGGAAUAAAGACCACCCAUCUGGUGUCAGUAGCUACUGAUGGGGCUCCGAAUAUGACGGGAACGCACAAGGGAUUUGUGGCUUUACUGCAGAAGUCGCUGGACAGAAAGCUGCUGACUUUUCACUGCAUCUUGCACCAAGAGGCACUGUGUGCUCAAACAUUUCCUCCGGAAUGCACAGAAGUAAUGGAUGUUGUCAUUCAGAUUGUCAAUAAAAUAAUGGCAAAAAGUUUAAAUCACCGUCAAUUCCGUUUGUUACUGGACGAGAUGGAAAGCGCAUAUUCUGAUCUCCUGCUGCACGACAAAGUCCGGUGGCUGUCCAGAGGGGAGGUGCUGAAACGCUUUGUCGCGUGUCUGGAAGAAGUGAAAACUUUCCUGGGCAGCAAAGGGCUCACCUUUCCUGAGCUGGAACAGCCAGAGUGGCUGGAAAAGCUACACUUCAUGGUAGACAUGACAGCGCACCUGAACACGCUGAACACAGCUCUUCAGGGGAAAGGACGCACAGCCCUGCACAUGUUGGAGGAUGUUUUGGCAUUCGAGCACAAGUUGACAGUGCUUGCCAGAGAUUUACAGAAAGGCACUUUGUCUCACUUCCCCAAUUUGAGAGAGUUCAAACAAGGUCACGACAUGAUAAUUUCGGAGUAUUUACAUUCUGCAAUCAUCGCAAUGCAAACAUCGUUUGGGAAACGCUUCUGUGAGUUCAGAGAGGAAAAAAACACAUUAUCCUUCCCGGUCACUCCCUUAAGCAUCGAUCCUUCCCUACUGAAUACGACUGCAUUGGCAGGUGUGAGUCAACCUGAUCUUGAGAUGGAACUGGCCGACAUAGCCGACAAAGACAUAUGGGUGUCCAAGUUUAGACGCUUGACAGCAGACCUUGAAGAUGUUGCCCGUCAGAAGGCCGUUCUUGCUCAGAAUCACAAAUGGAGUGAUAUUGAAAACCUUCCAAAACCGGACAAACUUGUGUUCGAAACAUGGAAUGCUAUGCCCGACAUUUAUGUAAACAUGAAAAAGUAUGCGCUUGGAGUCCUGUCGAUCUUUGGAUCCACAUAUGUAUGUGAGCAGGUGUUCUCCAACAUGAACUUUAUUAAAAACAAACAUCGCGCACGCCUCACAGAUGACAGCUUGCGAUCCUGUGUAAAGAUGAAGGUGACGUCAUACAGCCCUGAUGUGCAGACGCUGUGCGCUGAGGUCCAGGAGCAGAAAUCCCAUUAACCAAGCUGACAGCUGGCUGAUGUUAUUUUUGGUUUGCUGCUGGUGGAAAAUUUAAGUUCGGCGUUUUUCAUAAAUACAAGAAGGACUCAAAUAGACAUUGAGUAUUUUACUUAAAAGUAACUUUCAACCCAACGUCUUUUUUUCGGAGUUCAAAAUGUUUUUGUUGCAUGCAGAAAUGUAAUUUCGUUUUCUCUGCAGGAGUUCAUCAAUUUCAUAAAUGCAACACAUUAUAGUUUGUUUAUACAUAGCAU